UGCAGUCUUCCGCCGGUGUCAAGGGCAUCGAAAACUUGCGCUAGCCGAACCUAGCAGUAGCUGUCCGCACGUGUAUAUUAAGAGGCUCGGUUAAGCUACAGUUUUCGGCGGAGACUCCGGUAGAAAUGGACGGGUUCGGUUCAGACUUCUCAGCCGGCGGAGCAGGAGGGAAAGUGGACACCGGAACCAUCAUGGAGCAGGUCAAGGUCCAGAUCGCGGUGGCUAACGCUCAGGAGCUGCUGCAGAGAAUGACAGACAAAUGCUUCAAGAAGUGCAUAGGUAAACCUGGGAGCACGCUGGACAACUCUGAGCAGAAAUGUAUCGCCAUGUGUAUGGACCGGUAUAUGGACGCCUGGAACACUGUGUCCCGAACGUACAACUCCAGACUACAGAGAGAAAGAGCUCGCAUGUGAGCACCCCUCUGUUCACCCCUUUUCCUCUCCCCUCCCUCGGGUUGCUGCUUACAGUGAGGAGGAGCACAGUGUUUCCACUGGAGGCCAGCAGCUGUGCACAGGUGUGUCCUGGCAGCUGCACACCACCAUCAUCAUCAUCAGAAUACCUCACGGACAGGCGAGCAGAGCCUGUGGACUCUAGCCAUAACAAUGUCUCUGUGGACAUUUUCACUUUGCUCUGAGGAAGAGUUCAGUAACAAAGUUUGAUUAUUUGUGUUUUUAUGUUAUGAGUAAUUAAUUUUCUGGUUAACAAGUGAACAUGCAUUGUAGAAAGCUGCGAUUUACACCUGCGUGUUUAAACACAUGUAGAUCGGGAGGAUUGAAAACUCUAAAUUUCCUGUUUGAGGGAAAGAAGUGUGAAUGUGUAUGUGCCAGCCCUGUGACUGACUGGUGAUCUGUCACAGGUGUUACUCUGUGUCUUGAGCAGUGCAUGCUGGGAUAUUUUAAGCUCUGUUUAUCCCUGAAAAGGAUUUUGAAAAUAAAUGUACUGUUGCAAUGUAGCAGUCUUAAAUCAGUCACCUGCAGCACUGUGGCUUUUGUUUUUGGAGUACUUAUACCAGUGUGGCUUCAAUGGAAACACAGACACCUUCCAACCAUCAAAUUACGGGGGAAUGUGUCUUGUGUUUAAAAAACCUGUAUAACUGGGACACCUGUCAGCAGGACUUGAGUCUCACCACUGUCAGCAGUGUGCCCAUAUUUGUUGCCCAUUCUUUUCAUUGUGUCUAUUCUCAGAGCGAGACUAAACAUUUGUGCCCAGAAAAUAAGCAGCACGACUGAAGCCCCUAAGGGACGACACAGGCUCUCCUUAACAUGCUUUUACUCUGAAAGACCUACUUAAAUUCAAAAGGAAGACUUGUGGAGCAACUUGGUGUUUUCACGACGGUGAACCUGACAUUCACAAGCCUCCAAACAGUCCUAUAUCAAAGUACGCCCGGGGAACAAAACUGUUUUGUCUGACCUGUUUUCUAGUUGUCACUCUAUCUGCCGCCCUCCACAGUAGUGGGCUUGUUUCAGCAGGGUCUGCCUUGCUGUACGCGAGGUACUGAACCUUUCUCAGCUUUAUGUGCACAGUUUGUCAGAAGUCUGGGAACCACAGUCUUUUUUUUUUCUCUCUAUCCUGCUGAGUUUAUGUAGGGGAAGUAAGAGCCACAGAAGCUUGUGAACAUUAUUUGCAGUGAUGAUUUUCAUGAUAAAUCAAUAAAUCUUGUCAAUCAGA